AUGCCCCCAAUCCCAAAAGUGUUGCCUCAGAGUGGCACGAGGAAACGCUCCCAGGUCUUGGAUACCACCAUCCUUGGAGCCACUUUGUGCCAACGCCGUGUUAUCACCUUCUCUUCUCUUCUUGCCUCCCCAGUCCUCUUCCAAAUCCUCCUGCUCGCGGGUCUCCUGAGCGCCAAGCGGUUCCCGUGCUUUCCCGAGUAUUGUCUCCAUGACCGGGACUACGAGGAGCUGCUGCAGAUUGUCCAGGAGGGGCUGGAGCCCACCGCCCACCCGGCGCACGUGGUGGUGGUGGGCGCGGGCAUCGGCGGGCUGACGGCAGCCAAGCUGCUCCGGGACGCGGGGCACAAGGUCACCAUUCUGGAGAGGAGCAGCGGGGUCGGGGGGCGGAUCCGCACGUACCGCCCCGAGGGACAGGACUGGUAUGUGGAGCUGGGACCCAUGCGCCUGCCAGGCAAGCACAGGCUGGUCCGUGAAUUCAUCCGCCAGUUCAACCUGAAGCUGAAUCCUUUCAUCCAGAACGACAACAACACCUGGUACUUCCUGAAGGGCGCUCGGGUCAGGGCUGAGGAGGUGAACAGGAACCCUGACAUCCUGAAUUACACGGUGAAGCCGUCGGAGCGGGGCAAGAGCGCCAGCCAGCUGUACCAGGAGGUCCUGAGCAAGGCUUUUAAGAAGUUCCAGACCACCGAUUGCAGGAAGUAUCUGGCUCAACACGACUCCUUCUCCACCAAGGAAUAUUUGAUCAAGGUGGGGGAGCUGAGCCGAGGAGCUGUUGAGAUGAUCGGUGACUUGAUGAACGAGGACUCAGGGUUUUACCUGUCCUUCCUGGCCUCCCUGUGGGACUUCGACGUCUUCUCGGACGAGAUUUUUGAUGAAAUCACCGGAGGGUUUGAUCAGCUGCCCAGAGCCUUCCACAAGGCUCUGCCCAACGUCAUCCAGUUCAACUGCACCGUGGAGAAGAUCAUGACAAAGGGCAACAAAGUCCGAGUGUUCUACCGCGCUCCGGACACGCUGGCCCCCACUGUCAUCGCUGCAGAUUAUGUCCUUGUCACCUCCAGUGCCAAAGCCACUAGGCACAUCCAGUUCCUGCCACCACUGUCCCCUGCCAAGGCCCAUGCCCUGCGCUCCAUCAACUACGCGAGUGCCUCCAAAAUUAUCCUGGCAUGCUCCGAAAAGUUCUGGGAGAAGGACGGGAUCCGCGGCGGGUACUCCAUCACCGACCGCCCCUCCCGCUUCAUCUACUACCCCAGCCACAACUUCUCCAGUGGGGUGGGCGUCAUCCUGGCUUCCUACACCUGGAACAACGACGCCGAGUUCUUCCUGCCCCUCACCGACGAGAAGUGCGUGGACGUGGUGCUGCAAGACCUGGCGGACAUCCACCAGGUGAGCAAGGAGUACCUGCAGUACACCUGCGACCAGCACGUGAUCCAGAAGUGGCAGAUGGACCAGCACGCCCUGGGGGCUUUCGCCGCCUUCACCCCGUACCAGUUCGUGGAUUACUCGCAGGCCCUGUUCGCUCACGAGGGCCGCGUGCACUUCGCCGGGGAGCACGCGGCCCAGCCGCACGCCUGGAUCGACACCGCCAUGAAAUCGGCCGUCAGGGCCGCCAGCAACAUCCACCACGACAGCGGCGAGUGGUUCGGGACGCUGGCGCAGAGGAGCGAGCUCUGA